AUGGCUAUUGCCGUAGUCUAUAUGACAAAAGAAUUUAACUUUACAUCAACUAUUCAAGGUGUUAUACUGUCAUCAUUUUUUUUGGGAUACCUAUCAACACAAGUUUUAGGUGGUGCACUUGCCGAUAAAUAUGGAUUUGUUUGGUCUAUAUUAUGGCAAAUUUAUGGCAAAAGCAAUCCAAAUGAAUAUCCAGGAAUAAGUCAAGAAGAAUUGGAUUGGAUUUCAAAAAACAAGAAAAAAAAUAAACCUAGCCAAAAAUUAAAUUAUCAUAGAAUAGAAUCUAGUGAGAUUGCUAUUGAAUCAACAACAAGUGAGAAUGAUAAUGCAAUCUCUGAUGUACCAUUAGCAAAUUUUAUAGUUGAAGAAGAUAAUAAUUUUGAAGCUGAGGCUGAUGUACUAUUGCCGGAGAAUUUGAUAAUGUCAAAUCCGAAAGAAGUUCCAUGGAAAUUCCUUCUUUCUCGUCGUGAACUCAAAUAA